AUGUCCAUCAUCACAAAACUGCCGUGCGAGAUCAUCAACGCAGUGCUGCGGCACGUUGGCAGCCUGCAAAACUUGUCCUCUGCAUUGCUCACUUGCCGUCAUGUCUACUCCAGCUUCCAAGAAAACCCACACGUCGCAGUCGACAUUCUGCAGCGACAGAUCGCCCCAGAGCUGCUUCCGUACGCCGUUUCCGUGAUGGAAGCAUCGCGUCUUGGUCCACGAACAGACCCAACGGUCCAGGCGCUGCUCGAUAAGCUCAACAGGGAGCUGCACACGGCGUCGCAAGAGGCGCAAGAGUUGCAGCGAAGGGCGCUUGCAAGCCAGCUGGCGACAAUGCCGUUCCCACUGCUGUCGCAGAUGAGCCAUAUACACGACGUCAUCCACAGCUUCGUAACGGCAUUUUCGGCCAGUGCAUGGACACUUCUGUCGUCCCGGAUCGUGCCUGCACACAGCGGAGAGGGCGUGUCUCUGUCACCAAAGGAAUACAUUCGCUUCUGUCGCGCCUUUUACCGCAUGGAAUUAUACUUCCGCCUCUUUCCACACUCUGACUCGCUGGACGAAGAAACAAGUAGCGGUGCCCCGUUUCUACGCAUGUUUCCGGCGUGGGAAAACGAGGCGAUUGGCUGUGUGCAAGACUUUCUCGAACUUCAAUUUUCAAAAGGUGCCAUCGUCCUCCUUGCCCUUAUGCUUAUCGUAUUUCUUCUUAUUUUUCAUGCUAAUUAUGACUCAUAA